AUGUCGGAGACGACGCAAAGUCCUGACGACGCUGCCGCCCAGCGAGCUGCUGAACAAGCGCGUCUUCGCAAAGAGCGCCGUGAAGCCAAGCUCAAAGCCGGGGGUUCUGCAAGGUUGAACAAGAUUACUGGUCUUGGAGGUCGUAUCCCAGGAGAACCAGAACCCACUACUGCGUCUACUGCCAUGGCUGAUGCCCCAACGCCAGCACCCGCUGCUUCAGCAUCCGCUGCGUCUGCUACCGCCGAUCAUGCCGACCCAGAAGAAGUCGAUAUCUCAGAUCACUACUACGAGCCGAAGCGGACUGCCACUUCACGAACGAAUGCACCUGGAAUCACAGAACCCGCCGUCUCAGAGGAUCAGCUGCGACAGAUGAUGCUUGGCUUUGAGCGUGGUAAUGGCAGCGGUACCGCUAGCCCUGCACCCGGAGCAGCUGAGGAAGAUCCCAUGAUGAAGAUGAUGUCCCAGCUGAUGGCUGGUGCUGGUCUUCCUGCUGGCUCAAUGCCUCCUUUUCCCGGUAUGCCAGGCAUGGCGCCCGGCCAAGGACCCCCCGUACCGCCCACGGCCGUCCGCAAUAGCGCCUCUACAAACCUCUGGCGUCUUCUCCACGCCCUCGUAGCUCUCGGCUUGGGCUUCUACAUCGUCAUCCUUACCCCAUUCACUGGCAGCAAGAUCGAGCGUGAGCGUGCCGCUCUUGCAGGCACGACACCCGCCGACCCGCUCAUCGCAGCCGCCGAGCCUGAGCUUGAGACGGAACUGGAGCACCGCAAAAAGCUGUUCUUUUGGACAUUUGCCACAGCUGAGUCGCUGCUACUCACAACUCGCUUCUUUCUGGAUAGGAGAGGCAGCCCCCCUUCUGGCAUUGUAGGUACUGUGGUGCAAUUCUUACCCCAGCCUGCCAAGGGAUAUGUUGAGGUCGUGAUGCGUUAUGGUCAGAUAUUUACCACAGUGAGGAGUGAUAUACUGGCCUGUAUUUUUGUGUUAGGGGCUGUUGCUUGGUUUAAGGGAUAA